GUCUUGUAAUACCUAUAAAAACUAUUGUGAAGAUCCAGAUAAACAUAACCAAUCAUGAAGUGGUCAACACCGCUUGUAGCUCUUGUGCUAGCGACCUUAGCUGUCAAUCAAACUGUUUUCGCCGGCAAUUAUUUGCUUGAUGAAGAUCUGAAGAUACCCCUGUCACUAACUGUAGUCAGAUAUCGCAGACAUAGCUCACCCUAUGGACAUCAAGAUCACCCCUCUGGAGGUAUCCUAGGGAAACUCUUUGGAGGAGGUGGAGGAGUGGGAGGAAGUGGGCUCGGAGGGAGCAGUGGAGGGGGAUCAGGCUUUGGCAAUGGUCUUGGAGGUGGUGGAGGAACUGGAAUCGGAGGUAAAGAAAGUGGUAAUUCAGUAGGAGGAGGCAGCUCUGGGAGCAUUGUGAAAAGUGGAACUGAAGGAGGCUAUGGAAUGAAGGGGUCAGGUUCAGGAGUAGGAGAUGGAGGAUUCGCUACUGGAGAUGUUGAAGUGACUGGAGGUAAUAAAGGACAUGGCCAUGGUAAUGGAGGUGGUUUCAAUGGAGGAGGUAAUGGAGAAGGUGCUGGAUCAGGAGCAGGUAUUGGGGGUGGUUUCGGUAGAGGUCAAGGACAUGGAGGUGGAAGUGGAGGUGAUAAAAGCCACGGUAGUGGAGGUGCCAUUGGGGGAAGUAGUGAAGGAUAUGGUGGCACUGCUUCAGGACAUACCAGUGGUAGUGGUACUGGAGGUGGUAUCGGUGGUGGUUCUCAAGGACAAAAGGGAUAUGGAGGAGAUGGUUCUGGAUUAGGACAAGGUUCUGGAGGCUAUGCUACUGGAGAUGUCAAUGUAAUCGGAGGAGGCAAAUUACAUAGUUCUGGUAGUGGUUUCGGAGGUGGUACUAGUUCAGGAUUUGAGGGAGGUAAAGGAGCAGGAUAUGGUGGUACCAAUGGUGCUGGUACUGGAGGGUAUGGUGGUAGUGCUUCAGGGCAAGCCAGUGGUGGUGGUACUGGCGGCAAAUUUGAAGAAUAUGGUGGAGGUUUCCAAGGAGGCAAAGGACAUGGAGGUGCAGGUUCUGGAUCAGGUCAUGGCUCUGGAGGCUAUGCUACUGGAGAUGUCAAUGUAAUCGGAGGUAGCAAGUCACAUGACUCCGUUAGUGGUUUGGGAGAUGGUAAAGGGACAGGAUAUGGAGGUGGCAAUGGAGGAUUCAGUGGAGGAUAUGGUGGUAGUGCUUCAGGACAUGCCAGCAGUAGUGGUACUGGCGGCGGAAUUGGAGGAUAUGGUGGAGGUUCCCAAGGAGGCAAAGGACAUGGAGGUGGAGGUUCUGGAUCAGGGCAUGGCUCUGGAGACUAUGCUACUGGAGAUGUUAAUAUAAUCGGAGGUGGUAAAACACAUGGUUCUGGUAGUGGUAGUGGCUUCGGAGGAGGCCAUGGUAGUGGCUUCGGAGGAGGCCAUGGUAAUGGGUUUGGAGGAGGUAAUGGUGCAGGAAUUGGAGGAGGUAAAGGAUACGCAGAUGUCGGAAGUGGACCUGUAUCUGGACCAAGUGAUGGUGGCUUUGCUACUGGGGAGGUCCAUAUAGGAGGUGGAAAAAACACCGGCAGUGAUAAUGGAGGUGGCAGUGAAGGUCAUGGAGGAGGAUUCGAUCAAGGUCAUGGGGUAGGACAAGGUCAUGGUAAUGGAGGAGGACAGGGUCAUGGAGGAGGUAUGGGAAGUGGAUUAGGAGGCGGGUCAGGAGGGGGUGAAGGUUCUGGAUCAGGGAAAGGCUCUGGAGGCUAUGCUACUGGAGAUGUCAAUAUAAUCGGAGGUGGUAAAACGCAUGGUUCUGGUAGUGGUAGUGGCUUCGGAGGAGGCCACGGUAGUGGCUUUGGAGAAGGUAAUGGUGCAGGAAUCGGAGGAGGUAAAGGAUACGGAGAUGUCGGAAAUGGACCUGCAUCAGGACCAAGUGAUGGGGGCUUUGCAACUGGGGAGGUCCAUAUCAUCGGAGGAGGACAUAGUCAUGGAGGAGGACAUGGUCAUGGAGGAGGGCAAGGUCAUGGAGGAGGGCAAGGUCAUUGGGGAGGACAAGGUCAUGGAGCAGAACAUGGUCAUGGAGGAGGACAAAGUCAUGGAGGAGCUGGACAUGGCCAUGGUCCUGGAGGCCAUCGCCAUGGAGGCGAUUUCGGAGGCGGAUUUGGAGCUGGUGGAGGUUUAGGACCAGGCCCCAGUCAUGGAGGUGGAAAUGGAGGUAGCUACGGCCCCGGAGGAGGAUUUGGAGGAGGUUCUAGCCAUGGAAGUGGUUCUGGUGGUCACGGUCAUGGUCCUGGAGGUUAUUCGGGCGAUUCAGGCAGCUAUGGUGGCCACAAGGGCUCUUCUUCUGCUAGUUCGUCGGCCGCAUCAUCUGGAGCUGUUGCUGGAGCAUAUUCCUCCGCUUCUGCACAUUCCUCCGCUUCAGCACAUGCCUCCGCUUCAGCACAUUCUUCUGCUAAUGCUGGCAGCUAUGCAGGAUGAGAAGAACUGAGCUUGACUGAGUAUGGAUCCCAUGCAGAGAUUAUUCUACAGUUUGAGUUACUUUCCGGAUGAAUGAUAAGUCGAAUAACGAUAAUAAAUAAUUUGACAAAAA